AUGGAUCCUGUACCCGUCUACACCAUUGAUUUGUCCCGUCCACCAGCUCAAAGAUACGUCGAGGUCGUGUGCGACUUCCGUGAGAAGAUACCGCAUCUGACCGAGCUGUUCCGAGAGGUCGUCACCGCCUCAGGGCUGCCUCCGAAGCCAACUACUCGGGUUGCAAGGCUCUUACUCAGGCGGCUGUACAGUCACGAACAAACCGAGGAGAUCAGAGGUAUCAGUGAUGCAAGCGGUGUCGAUAUGUACCUUCUCGUCUGCCUCAAUACGCUGCUGGACCUCUUCAUGGGGUGCACAAGCGGCGGGGCAAGGGCUAAGAUAGGGGGUGCGGGCAAUGGCCGGCAGUCACGGAUGCUACAUUUUCGGACGCUGGACUGGGACAUGGACCCUCUUCGCGAAGUGGUGGUACAGCUUAAUUUCGUCAAUGAUCCUCAGGGGCCCGUCAUCGCCCGUUCCAUAACCUAUGUUGGUUUCGUCGGUGCGCUCACUGCGGUCAGGCCGGGCUUAAGUUUGUCGCUAAACUUUCGGCCCUACCACAACGACAGCCACUCACGAGCCUCGAAUCUGCUAUUUCACUACCACAGAGUUCUUGUGUUGCUCGGCCGGAGACCCUCAAUCAGUUCCACCCUGCGUAGCAUUCUUCUUACUCCCGACCCCAGCGAUGGGCAUGGACGUCUCGACACAAUCUCCUCAAUACAGCGCCGGAUACCUGAUGGAGACAAAACGAUGGUUAUGGAGAAGGAUCGCGUCACCGCUUGUACCAGCACAAGCACAUCAUUCAUCGUCAUUGCAAACCAUGACACCAGCUCGGACAAUGAUCCAGCCGCUGCGCACGGUAUUAACAACACCAAGCUGGCCAUCGCUGGAAUGAACGAGCUCGUUGAAGAUUCUCAACACAGGAUACACUGCAUCAAGUCGAAGUGGCAGGAAGCCGAGAAGAGAUUCAGGCGACGUAGGAAACAAGCCAAUAAUGAAGAAGUAAAUACGGAACUGAGCGUGACAGAGUCUCAGUUAAUCAACUGGGUGGAGGCAUGGCCCAUCACCAACGAGUGCACUCACUAUGCAACUAUCAUGGACCCCUUGGUCGGUGACUUCGUCUACCUUCAGAGAUAUAAUCAGCCUCAGAUUGUCUCAGAGUAG